GCUAAGCGAGGAGCAGUUUUGUCCUAAAGAAAGAAAAUUCUUAAUUUGCAUUACAAAAUUUCAGCAAGCGUCAAAAUUCAAUGACCAGGAAGCGCAGGGACUGUUGGAGUGGAUCAAGAAGUUGAGCGGAGAGAACAUCAGCACAGAUGGGUCGCCCGAAAACUUUGCAAAACUAUUGGCGAACGCGAUCGAACCUAAUGCAAUAAAGAAAGUGCAGAAGCCGAUUUCCAAUUUCGCUUGCAUGGAAAAUAUUAAUUCGUUCGUAAACUGGGCCAAGAAGAUUGGUGUCCCCACCGAGGAGACUUUUCAGUCCGUGGAUCUGUUCGAAGGUCGCGACCUGUUCUCCGUAUGCGUCACUCUUCUUUCUCUUGGACGAAAGAAGUUGCGCAAUCGCAAAAUUGUUUUUUUUAAGGGAAUUCACCAAAUGCAGAGAGAAGGUAAACCGUAUCCGGAUAUCAUCAAGCAGGAUUUCAGUUACAAUAUACCGCAAUUAUGA